AUGUAUUUCCCUUCAUCAGCUGCAAGACAGUUGUCCACUGCGCCUGCUUUGCCUGUUCCCGGUGAACAUGUCAUCUGCUUGUCCCCCAGCCCGCGCAGAAGCCUAUUUUGCACGUUGACAAAGGGCGGUCUCUCUGCAUGGCGUGUCCGACCUUCUGCAAUAGUCGCCCACCUUUCGCGGACACCUGCGUCCCUGGUAGAACAUGGGGAGAACGCGUCCAUGAGUUGGUCACCAAAUGGCCGGCGAAUUGUGAUACAGACUACACGGUCAUACCUCGUGCUGGUGACCGUCGAGUUCAACCCCGAUGAGAUCCUGUACCAGUCGCCAUCAUUGGCUCCUAGUGCCCAGCGUCACUUCUUAUCAGGUCCGGGGGAAGCAUUACCUUUACACGCCAUUGGCUUGCACCUUGAGGGCGUGGUAAGGCUAGAAGGGACCCUGCUAAGUGUCUCUCCUCACAAUGAUUGCAUCUUGUUCUCGACCCAAGGACCACCCUCUGUACAGCGCAUUCCUUGGCCGGGAACGCCGGAUGACAGGGAUCAUUAUGCCACAUGGCUGCUGAACGAAGACGAGUUUCCUUGGCUUGAGGAUGCCGAUGUUACUGUAUCACGUAUCAUAUACUCGAGGUCCACGGGCUUCGAGGCAUGGAUUACCUCAGAUGGCAGGGCUUACCUAGUGCAGCUGUAUGAGGAUGACAACGAACCUUACAGGCCUUCCGAGUCUAGCGUCGAUGAUCAGGCAUACCAGAAGCGGCGGAGGCAAGACCCAUGUGAACUGAAGGCAGGGGAGUAUUCAUAUGUGGAACCAAGACGCGCCAUGACCACCGCGAUCAACGCGAGAUUCUCCGUCAUAGCCACUGGGACAUACGGAGGUGUGGUUGAAGUCGCCAACUUCCCAACAGAGGAUAAUCCUCUGCCCAAAGCGGAGAUUCUGCAGAUCCCUAGCAUGUAUACGCGGGAUGGUACAGGCCUCGUGCGCGCGAUGGAGUGGAGCUCUGAUGGCUAUGUCCUGGCUGUGGGAUGGGAGAAGGGAUGGGCCGUUUGGAGUGUCGGCGGACGGUGCCUCGCUUGGGGCUUCGGCGUUGAAUACGAGGUAGAUGAAGAGAGAUAUCAAGACUCCUUCAUGUAUGGCGUCACAGAUCUGUUCUGGGGACCUGGGAAUUUCGAGCUGUUCGUCCUCGCUGCUACAUCUCCGAACAAGGCCGAUGGUCAACUCUUCGUCAUCCCGUUCGCGAAGAGUGCAAGUACGGGGCAGCAUUCUCCUGAUAAUACGCAAUAUGCGUUCCUUCAGAUGGAUGAUCGUGUGCUUGUAUACCGCGGCGCGGAUCAGCCUGACAUGAGCGUGAUCAACCCCGAAUCCGAUGUAUGGCAGCAUAUCAAAAUCCCUCAGGCUUAUUUGUCUGCUAACUGGCCCAUUCGCUACUCUGCCCUGAGUGCCGACGGCAGGCUCAUCGCUAUUGCCGGCCGCCGCGGCCUUGUACACUACAGCACGACGUCAGGACGAUGGAAGAUGUUCUCAGACGACUUACAGGAGCAAGCAUUUGUUGUGAAAGGCGGACUCCUCUGGUUCCACCACGUCUUGAUUGCGGCUGUGGACGUCGCGAAUACGUCCCAGAUACGGCUCUAUUCGCGAGACAUGGAACUCAGUAACCAGAACGUACUACACCGUGAAAUUCUCUCUUCGCCUGUCAUCAUCUUGUCUCUCGUCGACAACUCGCUGCUCGUUUACACGGCAGACAACACGCUGUAUCACUACCUCAUCAUACCAACGGCAGAGACCAUCAAGCUGCAUCUGUGCGGUAGCAUAAGCUUCAGCGGUGUCAUCGCAGCGCCGGGCGCAGUGAGACUGCUGAGUUGGAUGAUUCCAAGCGCGCAGAAACAGCUGGGCGACCCGAUAGAAGAUCUUGCCGUGGCGACCGUGCUCAUGAUAGUCGGGGGCAAGCUCGUCCUGUUGAAACCGAGAAGAUCGGGGGAUGCGGAAGUCAAGUACGAUAUGCAGAUUCUGGCAGAUCGUAUCGAGUUCUGUUGGCUGCAUCUGCGCGGGAUCGGCACCUUGGAAAACUCGCUAUGGGGAUACGAUGGGCAGGGCAUUCGACUAUGGUUGAACGCGUUGAACAUCGAAGGCCCUGCAGCUCCUGCCACUGCUGACGCCGUUGCUCUCCCUCAAAGUGUCAAGGAGAGUGUCAAUAUCCCCUUGGAGUUCUAUCCAUUGUCUGUGCUUAUGGACAAAGGGAUCAUCAUUGGCGUUGAAUACGAGGCUGCCACUAGGGCUAGUCUGUCCUUCACCAUGUUCCGACAAGUGACAAGCUCACACCUGUUCCUCAACCACGUCUUAUUGUUCCACCUUGAGAACCGUCAAUUGAAAGAAGCGAUCUUGUUCUCUUCACACUAUCAACAUCUCGUUUUCUUCGCUCACGCAUUAGAGAUGAUGCUCCACACUGUCGUGGAAGCAGAUGCAUCUGCCAAUCACGACAGGCGGUCCGGUGAAGAGACCGCUAGAAAUCCAGAGCUCCUUCCGGACACCGUGGACUUCCUGGAUCAUUUCGACGUGGCACUGGAUGUGGUGGUAGGGUGUGCACGCAAGAUCGAGAUGACAAGAUGGCCGCGUCUCUUCGAUAUUGUCGGCAAUCCAAAGCAACUCUUCGAGCUAUGUCUCUCGUCCAACCGGCUAAAGACGGCAGGGUCGUUUCUACUCGUCUUGCACAAUCUCGAUCAACUCGACGCGGAUGGAUUGAAUGGCGAUGCAGCGCGCUUACUGAAGAGUGCUAUUACGGCUCAGGACUGGCAGCUGUGCCGCGAGAUCCUGCGGUUCUUGCACUUUGCUGACGAGACCGGUGCCGCGUUACGCGGCGCCCUCACUGAAGCCCAGAUUAUUCCGUUACUGAAUGGCGCGGUCAAUGGGAAGUCUUCAUGA